GCUGAUAUAUUCCAGUAUAAAUUAGUUUAAAAUAGGAUCCUUGUAACUGAGCUCUGCUUUUAUUGGGCAAUUGCCGGUUUCAAAACAGCUCAGUACAAGGCAAGACUAAGACGAAAGUUGAGUGUUGGGAAGAAAACAGAGAGGUUCAUUUGAGAGGUUUUCAGCGAUUUUUUUUGUGGUGUAGUGUUUCCUGGUAGUCAAGUGGAUUAAGAGAUAUGGGACUUGGAUGAACACGCAAGCACGUGUGAAAAUUCCCCGCCGGUUAAUGACACAAUCAUUUGUUCGGCAAGCCCGCGAUAGCGGUCAUUUAUUAUUCCAUUGCAGACUGAAUAAAUCUCCUCGAGAAAAUUCUCGCUCAGCCUUUGGCUUUGCCGUCUGCUUGCGGUAAAAGGUGUCGUUUAAAGCCUCCAGUUAACGUUGGCCCCGCCAAAACAAACUUUCUGCCGAGGAAGUACGCUGGAUGGCGCGACGUUUUGAGCUUUCAGCUCGUUAUGUUGACGAAUCUUGUUUUCAACGUCGUUCACGGUGCUGCUUCUCAUAAGGCCUUCAGCAGACGCCAAUCGCCAAGCGAGCUCAAAAUUUACAGUUACACAGACAUGGAUGCCAUCACUGCAGCUUCUACUUUACACUAAACGAAAUUUAGUGGCGAGUUUUCUGCCUUUUUCACUCGGUUAUGAGUGAAAAUGAACGCUGUAGCAAACAUUGCCAUAUGUUUGGUUCGCGGUGCAAGACGAAGUCGGAAAAAGAUCCUUCUUUCUGCAUUAAUUGCUGUAACACUUUGGAAUUUAUACUCCAUUAACAAUGGAAAUUUAUUUCGUGACCACCCGAGAGUUCUUCGCGAGGGUUUAAUACGCAAGCCACAAGUAGAAAUCGAGACAACGCUACGAUCACUCACGUUAAGAGGACGAACAUUGGGAAACCAUCCCUUGGGUCGACGAGAGGAACUAAAUGCUAUAAUUCGAGGAGGCGAGAAUGACCGAAAAAAUCGAUAUGAAAGAAUUGACUUAGCGAGGCUUCAUCAUCCUGGUUUCAAAAGCGAACAAGAUGUGCCGAGGUAUGACAGCGAAGACAGUGAAAAAAUUUCAUCGAAAUUACAUUCUCGGAGAAAUACGACUGCUACACCGAGCGAUGUCUGCAAAAAGUUCUUCCUUACAGAUUCAAAUAAAAAUUCUUAUGGGACGUGCAAGCCACACAAACCAGCUCCUGAUGCUUGUAAAUUUGCGGAAUCGUUGUACAGCUACGAUCCUUCUUUAUCGUAUUGCAAGGACAACGAAGAAAGCGUCGAAAUCUGUUCUUUAGGCAUCGAAGUUUCUCAGAAGAGAAAACUGCUCAAAGCUAAGUGCAACAGUCAAGUUUGCCAAAGAUUUGUAAACAAAGUCGAGAGAAAGUUUUUAACUUUUGGAGUUCACAGUAUAGAUCCUGAGGAAGGCGUUUUGAGGUCCGUUAGGAACUUUUCAGCGGUCUCGGAACUAGAACAUCAACUUCCACGCGUUGCACUUCUAACUGCAAGAAAUAAGUUUAACUUUGUAUUCGUUAAUUGUUUUGUGAUUACGGACAACCAAACUCUGGCGUCUCAGCUCAUCUCAAUUCCCCCGCGGGUGACUACACAGGAAGGGCUUAAGCCAAGAACUAAAAAUACCAUCAAUGUCAACAUUGUCCUAUUAGAUUCCAUUUCCAGAGCACAUUUUUAUCGCUCUUUGCCCAAAACAGUGGAAAGGCUGAGGAGCUUAGCUGACAAACCUGAUAUGGCCCCUGCUAAAGUUUACGAUUUUGAGUUAUUUCAAGCUGUUCACGGCCACACGACACACAAUGAACACGCGCUGUUUACUGGCCAGCUGCUUCCCCCCAUGGACCCCGAUGAAGAAACACCCUCAGUACGUGCGGAUGUGCUUUUUGGGCACUUCAAGAGGGCUGGGUACCAGACCAUGUGGCAGGAGGAUCUCUGUUGGAUGUCAAGCUGGGGCCUAGUCACUGACUUGGUUGCGGGAGACUGGGAAGAGCUACAGAUCAAACUCAAAGAGAGCUUUAUUGAUAACACAGGUUUGACGCAUUCAAGCUGUGAAGUGUUGGCACCAUUUGGUGCUGACGCACCAUUCAAUGGACCUAACGGUGAUCAGAUCUGCUUCAACGGCAAGCUACAGCACAGUUAUUUCCUUCAGUAUUCAAUAGACACUUUGAAUACGAUCGCUUCAUCUAGGAGGUCGCGUCCAUUACUCUCUUACACCGCUCUCAAUGUUGGGCACGACGACACAGGACGAAGAAUUCAGUCGCUAGAUUCCGAGCUCGCGCAAUACGUAUCUACCAUGGCAAACGAUCAGAACUCGCUGACGAUCAUUUUAGCAGAUCAUGGAAAUACCUACACUGAAUACACAUAUGCCAUACUGGAGGGUCGCUUUGAAAUGUUUCAUCCAAGCUUGUUUAUGAUUGUACCAAACAAAGUGGCAAGUCUCCUGGGACGAGACGCUUUGUCCGCGUUGGAGGUGAACCAGAGGAGACUGGUAACCAUGAUCGACCUGCACCAUUCCCUGUUGCUACUAGCAGGGCCUCUCUCGGAAUUUAUAAAACCCGUUGGGUUAUUCGCUCCCAUAUCAGCCAAUCGGACAUGCAAUGAUGUCGAAUUGAGAACACCUAAUUUAUGCGUCUGUGAGGGAUGGGACAGCCCGACCACAAACGAUUCCACGAAAAUUUCAAUGGUAGAAUUUGCUGUUGGCCAGCUUAAUAAUCUGGUACUAGCGCAGUUCGCGAAAUCCGCAAAUGGGAAAAGAAUUAAGUAUCCCAUUUUACGCGCGUGCCAAAGACUGCGUCCAUUGCGGUUUGAAAACGUUCGCGAACGCAACUCCAAAUCGGACGGCGGACUCAUCACUAGUUUUGAUGUUUAUUUCCAGGCUGGAAAUGUAGUAAACCAUGACGAAGAUAUAUUUCACGUGGAAGUGAAAUCCAGAGAGCUGGCCAAUCAGUAUUCUCUACAAAUGGAACUUGUACAUUACGAUCGAUUGACGCUUUACGGAAAGUACGACGCAUGCGCAGAUCAAGGUGUUCACCUGAAACUUUGCAUUUGUUCGGAGAGCGGAAAAGAAAAGCGUUUGAUGACAAAGCUGAAGAAAGUUUCAUGGGCGCACUACACUACUUUUCUUUUUAAGGAAGCAAAAGCAAGAAAAAUUGGUGGCAUCGAAUGUUUGUUUCUGAUCAAAAGGAAUCACAGCUCAGGAAAAAGCGUAGCUUUUGAAAUCGCGAACACUUGUCCCAAUGAAGUGUUUACAAUGAAGAUAUCGGCGGAAAUUGAGAAUUUCAGACUUUCGAGAGAACUUCCCUUUAAAAUAACCGUUCAGGCCGGAAGCAUUAAAUUCGCGUUUUCUGCACAGGUAGAAAUUGAUCACUGGAACACUUUCAUAGAAGUUACUGUUGAUGUUGAUGAAAAAAAAUAUUCUAGGGUUUGAGGUAACAAGUACAAGUAGGUCACGAAACUUUUACGUGUUUCUGUGACGCUUAAGUCACGUUAGUUUUGGCAAUUUCUACCUCUCUAUUGUUAUCACAUACUAUAAAAUUUUACAACGAUUAUAUUGAGUAGAGUGGGAAUGAACCUUAAAGGAGCUCGGUCACGGUUUGCGCAUAUUGAAAAGUUUAGGCUCAAUUUUUCA